UCCCGGAGGGUCGGUGAUGCUGCGCUCGCUCCCAGGGACAGCAGAAGCGGCCUCAGGCCGGUUCCGGGGUGGCAGGCCACCUCAGUUCCUCCGCCUUCCCGGAGGGGGCGCGAUUUCUGCGCUCUGGGCUCCUAGGGUCUGGAACUAGGGUGCCCUGAUAGGGUAAGCUGCCCCCAGUCCUCGGGUUCCUAACCAGCCUCCUCAAGCUGAACUGCUCUUCUGGCCACUUUCCUUUCCUGCGAUUCCUGAAUGGGCAGCCUUGAAAAGCAGAGAGUCCAGUGGCUUUUCCAGCAGGCUGAUGGGCCUCACCCUGGUGCUCCUAGAAACAAGGCCAGGGGCCCAGGACUCUCUUGGGGCUCCUUAAAGUCUCUGAGAGCCAGAAAAAAUCCCACUGAUUUUGAAGGUUAAGGACACCCCAAAUGCAGGUCUCUACCCUUUUCCAGCUCACCCACACACCUCUCACCAUUGCACCCAUUCUGGGGGGUGUUUCUUUCACCUGCAGUGACACCCAACUUUAACACCUGGCUCAGAUCCUACCUGACCCCAUUGAUCCUUCAUUGUUUCCUGGCAAUGUACUCUUUAUUCUACUUUGGAGCAAUGAUUCCUAAUGAAGGCCUGCAUUUCAGUGUUUAUCAUGCAGGUUUCUGGGUCCCACCCAGAUUUACUGAGUGAGAAUGUGCAGGACCUGCAUUUUGGAAACUCUCUCCCUCAGGUUUACUAGGAUGCUUGCCACAAGUGUCUCUCCUGCUUCUUCUAUGGUUUUCCCUUCCCCAAGGGUCAAGUUCCUUCUACCAUUCAGCAGUUCCUGGAGCUUGCUCCCUAAUUGGGUUUUCUAAUGUCACUGCCCCAAACGCUGAGUAAAAAUUACUUCCAUUUUAAACAGGGGACAUUGAUCCCUUGCAAACUUGGAGAUUUCAAAUAGGUGAGUAGGUCAGAUUGCCUCACAUCUUUACCACUUACCUGCUGUGUGACCUUAGGCAAGUAAGCAAACUCUCUGGGCCUAUUUCCUCAUUUGCAAAGUAUGGAUAGAAGAGUAUUUUCAAGGGUUGUUAUGAGGAUUUUUACCUACAUAGCUAUAUGUGCCAAGUACAUUCUAACUUACAUAUAUAUUAACUCAUUGGUUAAGUACUUAAAACAAAUUUUGUCAUAUUAACAAGGAUUCAUGACAUGUUCUAUAUAAUUAAUACACCUAUUUGACAUAGCAGCCAGGCCUAGACUUUUAGAACUGAAAGAAACCUGGUUCACAUACUCAAUCUUUGAAUUCUACAGAGAAGCUGCAGGAGAUCAUAGUUCUGCAACUCUUCCUAUUGCUGUAGUGGGUCUCAUAGGCCCUACACCAUUGGAUUUCAGCAUCUAGCAACUGUGUACAGGUAGACUUUAGGAUAAUACCCAGGAGGAAAAUACUGUUAGCUUCUCAGAGGGCAGAUGUCAGGAAGAGGAGGCCUUAUACUCACACAGGCACAUGCGUGACACCUAAAGGGCUUCAGGCCUUCCCAGAGAGCAGGCCAAGCUACCCACGUCCUGGAGUCACCUGUACCCAUCACUGAUCAGUCACACCCACCAAUCUGGUUGCUCUUCUACAGGCCUAGGGCAAGUACUCACUUUUCAGUCUCUUUAAAUCUGGGGCAAGCUAAGAAGAGCAAAAGGCCAGUGGGCAAUAGCAGAGGAGGGCAGGAGUGUCCCAUUCCCCUUAAUCUGCUUAUGCUCUGAGAUCUGGGCUCCAGGGCCAUGGCUAAACUGUAGCUUCCAACUUUAGCCAGAGUGAUACCAAGGUAAUUCUAAGAGGGGCCUUAUCCUACCAAAUCUCAGUCAGCUUUUCCAGUGUUUUGAUAUUCUCUCUUUCUCUGUCUCUCUCACUCUCUCUCCACACACACACACACACACACACACACACACACACACACACACUUUGAAAGAGUUACAUAAAUGCUACUUCAGGCUGCAACAUGUAUACAUCCUCUGCAAUCAGUUCUAUCCCCUUACCCCUCAUUUCCAUGACUUCUACCUACAAACUUUUCCUAAGAAGGCCUCUGCAGGCCUUUCUCUUAGCUUAACCAGGAGUCUACCUGGGUCAGAUUGAUUCUCAAAACACACAUAGUCUGUUCUGCUACAAACCAUAUCCAGUAGAGUUCUGCCUAUGGCAUAGGGCAACAUUGAGCCCUCCAGGCAUCUUCACCCUGUGCCAUUUCCAUUCUCAGUUUUCAAAGCACUUGGAUGGCCACCCCAUCUGCCCUUCUGCUGGAGCCUUUUCUAGCCCCUGGCUCCAUGGUCAGAGGUCCUGUCCCAUUCUUUUGGUUCUCUUAUCUCACUAUUGGAGGUUUCCUUUGGAGUCUCUUCUUCCCAAAGGAUGCCAAGCAUGAGGUCCAAUAAGCCAGCCUCAUUCUCUGGGUAGAAUUGGGAGUGGCUAAAGAAGGGUUUUUCUUUCAGAGUACAGUGCCAGAAAUAGAGAAUCAUAUUUCUCUCCUACGUGGGACUCUUCUCAGCCCUUCUCUUCUCUACCCCCACCCCAUGUCCCUAAGUGACAGCCCUGGAUAGUCUCUUUCCUCCAUCUGCCCCUGGCCUAGGGAAUUCAUCCAGUGUCCCAGCUAUCCCUUCUGGUUGUGCAGACACUUAGCUUAAGUGUAGAGCUCAAUACCACCUUUAGGUAGGAGAGCUCUUAAAAGCCAAGAAUAUUCUUUCCUGGGGCUCCUAUUUUGGGCAAAGAGCUGAUCUCUGCAUUUGGAGUGAAGCCGUUCCCUCCUGGACCCCUUCACUGUCUCCUCUUUCCUGGCAGCUACUGUGGCUUCUGGGUUGGAGGAGUAGUAACAGAGGACCCUGCCCCAUGCCAAUACUCUGGGCAAGAAUUGCCAAGACUGGCUCUCUCUAACCAGAUGGAGAGGGAUAGUUCCUAGAGUCCCACUUCACCCAAAAACUGAUUCCAUACAGGUUUUCUCUCCCCCCCCCUCCUCUCCCAUUACCACCACUCAAAAGUCCUUGGGAAACUCCCCAACAAGUCGGCCUAAGCUAGCUCUCUGUUCAUCCCCUGAUGCUUGGCCUUCUCAUAGGCUGAGUUGUCUCUCCCCAUUCCCACUCUCAUUCAUGUACAGAAGCCCAGGACACUGGGGGCUGGGGGCCAGAAAGGAGUGUAGGAAGGUGGACGGUCUUUCUUUGAUCAUGUUGCUUGGUUGUCCUAAGAUCAAAAGUAACUGAAGAUGCCUGCUUGAAUGUAUUCCUUUCUUUCCUCCUUUUCCCUAUGCAAGCCAGUUUUUUUCUGUUAUUAUUUAAAUGUAGAGUAGAUUGUGUAAUUUUAUUCAUCCUCUUAGGUAACCCACAAUGAAGACUGCAACUAAGUUCUAAUUACCAUCUUUCAUCAUCAUUCACUGAAGAAAAAAAAUUCACUGAGCUUUCACUAGGUACCAGCAUUAUUUCAGACACUACCUCCUCGGUCUAGUCUUCUCCUUCCCUCAUAGAAAGUUCAUUACAAAUGCCCAGAAAAUCACAAUCAUUUGAUACUUUUUUAUAAAAGAAACUUAAGGAAAAUUUUUAAAAAGCUUUUUCUACCUGUUCAAACUUUACUUUUUACAGUGGAUUAACAGGGACUAAGUUCAAAACUGCUAAUAUAGUGCUAACAGAAUCAGAAAACUAUUUUGUAAAAGCUUGAUCUUUAUCUAAUUUUUAAGAUAGAUACUACCAAAUUUACGGGGGGGGGGAAUUCCUCCUCUGUGGCUAGUGGGGGAAAUAAGGAGAAAUAGAUGCCAUUCAGUCCAGGCCACCUGAUUUGAAAGUCAAAUCAAGAAAUGAGUUUAGAAAUCCACAGAGAAAAAGUGGGCAUUAGGAUGCAAAGAGAUCUUUGUAGGGAGGGAUCUCUUACAUGGGCUUGAUGGGACUUGCUGAUGAAAACUUUUGUGACUGAAUUUGAUGUAGAAAUCAUAUCUGUGGGAUGCUCAAGAAAUGUACACAGAACAUCUAUUCUUUUAAUCAGAAUAGUCAAAAUCACACAUUUGAAGUUUGGUGGCAACUCUGGUGGGCUAUGGAGGGAUACUGGGGGUCAGAUCUCUUUUUAUUUACGUCCUGUCUUGGGACCUGGGGGCAUCUUCCCCACCUCCACCUCCCCCCAAGCAUGGAAUGCCACAUUCUCCCUCAGAGCAGUGCUCUGGCCCAAGCUCCUUUUCUUGACUUUCCCAGCAGGACAGCAAGCUCCCUCCUGCUCUCUUAGGCGCUCCCUCUGGUGGGUGUGGCAGUGUUGGGUGGGGGUGGGGAGGGGGAGAGGAAGCCCUCCUAAUGAUCCCACCCAGGACGGGUGAGCUCAGAGCUUGUGGUUGGGAGCACUGUGGGAGUGGGGACAUCUGACUUCCUGGGCUUGGGUUCCUUGAGAGCCUCAUUUGCUUCCUCACACCCUGUCCCCUUCACACCAUGGCUGUUUUAUUGUUUUAUAACCUUCUUUAGAGCUUCAGUUGCCAAAGAUUCUGAUAGGGCUAUUCUCCACUUUCUCAGCUUACCAAACCCCAAGUCUUGCUGUUUUAAGCAGUUUGGUCACUUGCAAAGACUUCCCUUUCAGAUCUAAGCAAAUUAUAGAAAACUCUAGGCAUGUGGCUACCUUCAACUUUUGCUGAGCCCAUUCACAACAAUACAGAGCCAAGUGUUAACUCCAGCGGCCACCCCUGCCCCCACCCCAAGCCUACCCAGCCUCUUCCUAACCACCCUUUUCUACUGAAGUUUGAACAAAAUCUCAACUUCUAAUAGAGGCAAAUAAGAAGUGAUCUUCGAGUUUCCUCUUUAUUUAUCUAUUACAUCUAGAACUACAAAAAUGAUUGAAAUAAAGGAGUUGAUGGUACUCACAGUGAAUGCGGCCAAAGAAUCAUAAGACAUGCCCACCAACCAGCCUUUUCCAAAUAGCACUAUCUCCCAACUUAAACAGCCUUCUCUGAAAAGAUGCUAUUUGAAAAGUCCAGGGUAUUGAUAUGAAUAUGACCCCCCUUGCAUCUUGGAUAUUUGGAACUAUUUAAAUGUGAGGGAACAGUUGCAGUGAACCUUUAUUUAGUGAAUAAAAGUUUAAAGCCGAAGGUUAUUUAUGGUUCUGCAGAGAUGGGACCUGAGUGGCUAUUUACGAACACGUGAUUCCAAUAAACUUUGUUUUAUGGCUUGAGAGUUGACAAGCCAAAAUAUAAUUCCCACCAUAAAUUAGGUUAAGAGCAUACAAGCGCAGAUGCUUGGUUCCUCGAACAGUGAUAGGAAAGUGAGAAGCUCCAGCCAGCGCCGGCUCAGAAGGAAACAGUUCUACUUCCAGCCUCCCUGCCCACUAGAAGAGAAAACCAGUAAGUUACGUUACUUUUUCCAUAACAACUUCAGCCAUGGGGGAUUCCUCUGCUCUGUCUUUUCCACCCGGGGCGGGACAAAUCUCAUCGAGGUGAAUUCUAAUUUUAGCCUAAACCUAACUUAACAAGUAGAAUAGGAAUUGCAGUUUUCUACCAUCGAUUCUGGACAUAGAAAGUUAGGAAUUCUGGUCUCUGAAAGUUAGAAAUUGAGGGCUCCAAGCUCAGGAGAGGUACUUGCUCUCUCUCCUCCCCCAUCAUUGAACAUCUGUUUCAGGAGGAAUAAAACAAGGAUAGUCUAGGUGGAGAUGGCUUUGCCUCUGAGAUUUCUCAGAGAAGACUGCCAUCCUAACAUAAAACUAGAGGAGAUGGAAAACUUUAAGCUGGACACCAGUGCUUGUGAGGACCACUGCUUUGAAAGAUUGCUUUGUGGGUUCCCCAGCAGCAGUGCUAGGAAAAAAAUGAUGUCAUAUCCAUAGAGCUGGAUAACAAUCUGAAGCAUUGCCAUUUACCUUUUACCCCAUCGAUUUUCCUCCUCCUUGGUUAUCACUUGGGUCCUCAUUUCCCUUGGAAAUUGCUCUUUGUUUUGAAUUGGAGCAGAAAUAGGAAGGCAAGUCUCAGCCACGCCUGGUCUUUCUUUGGGAAGCAGAAGACAGGUUGGGGGUGCUAGUUGGAGCUGAGGAAUUUGAAACCACUUUGAAACUGGAAAGGGGGAUUGAAUUAUUCCCAGAGUGACACAGGGAGCUGGGGUGGAGGGCAGAUACAGGGGCUGCCCCUUCCCCAGUGGACCUGGGCCCACCAGGGAAUUUUGCAGGGGGAAACACACAAAGGCCCAUUUUCUCCUCGCUUUCCUGUUUCCCAAAUGGGGAAACCCUGUUACAGCAGCCUAAGUCGGGACAAACUACCAGUAAGGUUUUGCCCAGGGGUGCAUGUGGUGAGGGAGGCGAUGGGCCAUAUUUUUCCACUUCGUGGUCUGCCCUUUAGGACUGCGGUCUCGGCUUGCUCCGCGGAGAACUUGGCUCACAGUUCCUGCGGGCGGCACCCGAAGCAAGGAGGUCUGGGUAUUGGUGGGGUGUCUGGGCCUUGUCAUUUUCCUGUGUAUCAUCUAUCUUUUCUUAUCCUGUGGAAUUUAAGUGACCCACGUUUUCAUUGCAACAGGUUCGGGACCGUGAGAGAUCGCCUCUGUAAGUACCUCCCCGUUUCUUCCGAAUCCAAGACUGAUCUAGAUGGCGGAGGUGGUCGGGGCAGGGUCUCGCCUAGGGAGUGAGCGGGGAGGAAGAACGGCCCAGGCCGGGAGAUGUGAGGGAAACUCGCUUGGGAGGUAGGAGCCCCAACUAAGCUCCUGGAUAGAUUUUUCUGGGGCCUAGUUCAGUCACCUAACUAAGGGAACGCCCUCUACGGAAUGUCGACCUUGUGUUCUUGGGUCUGCCUGGACCUCCCCGUCUCCCCAGCUCUCACAGGUGCAGCUCUGCCGCAGCGGCAGCCCGCAAGCUUCAGUUAAGAGCUUGCAGCUAAUUAGCAGUCCGCCCUGUGCCCUAUUAACAAGUUGUAGGGAGAAUCGCCUUCUCCUCCAAGCAACCUGCUAAACACUAAGGCAACGGUGAACUCCUUCCGCAGUCCAGCCCAGCCCAGCCCAGCCCAGCUUAACCAUGUCCAUCCUGGUCCAACCUUCUCUCUUAAAAAGAAGAGAGAAAGAAGCGGGGGUGGGGACCUUAACCCUCUAUGGCUGCGGGUGUGUUGAGUUGGCCCGUUUCUAGAACGGCUGGGAAUUCCGAGCUUUAGGUGGAAUUUCUUCCUCAUCGCUCACGGCUCACCCCUCCCCCGGUUUAGGAUUAGGUUUGGGGACCCGGGCUGAGUAGGGCAGGAGGGAUGCGGGCCCUUCUCCUUCACCUCUCGGUAACUGCAAUUUGGGAAUUUCUGUGCCAGAACUGCGGGUGUUGCAGGCAAACAUAGGGGGGUUGGGCGGGGGGCUUGUAAAUUUGGAUCUGAGUUCCAUGUGCUAUGGAAGGCAGGUACAUUUCAGAGGAGACCUGUGAAGUCUCCUUAUCUCAUUAAGAUGAUAGCAGUGUCUGAAGAGUCAAGGAGAAAACAGUGGCUCCUCCCUCACUGCAAAGUGAAGAUGAUUUUGUUUCAAUGGCAGAUGGAGUAUUCCAGGGUUGUCGGAACUAAGGCAUCUUCCCUCUCUGGAGAGAAGCCACUAUCUCCAGGGUCUGGGAAGCUGGGGCUUGGCUCUGGGCCAAUCUGGGUAGCCUGAUCUGCUCCCUAGGAUCUGUGCUCACCCUGAAAAGUGGAGAUUCUGCCCUGUACCUAGUUCCCCUCUAUGAAAAAGGUUGGCGCAAGUCACUCCAAGGAGGAAAAUCUGGUAUCGCCAGACCCCGUGGUCUUGCCAUGUUCCUAUUAGCAGUUAGCACCCUGGCUCUGGGUGCUUAUCUGCUCCAAGGCGCCUCUCUUGCAAACCCACAUUUGGUACCCUAUAGCUGAACACAGCACACACACACACACACACACACACACACACAAUAACCCUGAGAGAUCAAAAGCAUUUGUAUGGGCAGUUGAGCGGGAGGUGAAUAUUUAACGCUUUUGUUCAUCAAUAACUCGUUGGCUUUGACCUGUCUGAACAAGUCGAGCAAUAAGGUGAAAUGCAGGUCACAGCGUCUAACAAAUAUGAAAAUGUGUACUCUUACCCCGUCUCCACCCAACCUAGCAGGCUCCCCCAAUUUUUCUGGAUAAAAUCUAGGCCCUGUGUCUCCAGGAAGAAGGUAGGUAAGUGGGAGUACUUGGCAUUAGAGGACUUGGGGUGAACCUUCCUGGGACAAGUGGAUUGGGCAUGGGACAAAUUCAGAGCUCUUGUUAGAAUUGUCACCCAGGAAAUUCCUAUGAAGUAGCCAACUCACUGGAAAUAUAGUUUGGGAGUGGGAGGUGUGUGCACGUGGAGAGUUGAAGCAGGCAGCCAAUUUUGCCAGACUAGGGUUGGGGAGGAAACAGAGGGGAGUUUCCCUAUUCCACCCCACCAGGCCCAGGUUGGGGCUUAAAACUAAUCUUUGAAUCAUAAUGAGAAAAUCAAAACAAUCAAAAAAAUUUAAAACACUUCUGGAGGGAUCCAAAAGCCCCACCCAAGCGCAGGCAUCCCUGUGCUCCUGAAAUCCAUCAGAUCCUGAAUGCAACUGUGUUCUUGAUGCCCCGAACGAACGGAAUGGUGAGCUCCAGACAGCACCGAGGCACUGGGGCGGGUGCAAUUCAUGAACUUUUGUACUCUUCUGUGCUGCUGUCGGCAAAGCAAAAAUAAUGAAACUUUGUGAUAUGUUUGUAAAUGAUUUCGAAUGACCCCUCGCCCUGCCCUUCACCAUUAGCAAGCCGACCCCAGUUCAUGGGGUCCAGGGCAGCUCGGUGCCUGUGAGCAGCUCCUGCCUUGGGUCUGCAGCAGGAGCAGGAGCAGCAGCAGCAGCAACAGCAGCAGCAGCAGCAGCAGCGGUGGACAGGAAUGGACAGGCCAGCCCCACACCGGGCCCGGGAAGGUAAAUGCACGACUUUUUGGAGAGCUAGCUUUGUCAGCCUACCUGGUUUGGGUGGGCAGUGGGAAAAAGAAUGGGUGGAGGAUAUUCCAUUCUUGCCUCUUUUUCUUCUGUCACCGAUGGCAUUUGCUCCUUUUUGGAAAAUACCACUUGAUAAGGGGGUGAGGGGAGGAGGUUAUUUAGAUCUGGAGUGGGGUAUAAUAAAGCCGCCAUUUCUGGGAUGGAUUAUUUCUUCUUCUUUCUUUCUGAAGAACACUGUCCUGGCUGCUUGACUGCUCUGUAACCCCGGCACUGGUACAAGGAUGGGGAACUCAUUGCUGCAAAUUGCCACCAAGCCCUUCAGCCUACCUGAACCGGCUGGCUCUCAAAGUGCGGGUGGCUGUAUCAGGCUGGUGGUGCCUCAGAAGAAGAGGCUGGGGCUGGCAGCAGUUUAAAUACCGGCCUGGGUGGAAUCCAGAGGUUGUAACGUAACGUUGUCUAUAUAUACCCUGUAGAACCGAAUUUGUGUGGUGUCCACAUAGUCACAGAUUCGAUUCUAGGGGAAUAUAUGGUCGAUGCAAAAACUUCACAUUUCUCCGAAAUAGCCAGAGUCUAAAGUGAAGGUAAGAGGCAGCCAGCCGGUCGGCGGUGCCUCUUUCUGUUUUAUUACCUUGGACUCCAGGAGGACCGACUGAGCCUGGUGAUAUAGAGCAGCCUGUUCCUCCAGAAGCUUCUCAUUUCUAAAAACAGUCUCCUGUGGGUGCUGUAACAACAACAACAACAACAAAAUAAAUUAAUAAAACGAAUUGGUUGCAUGAAUACAGGACCAAAUAACUAGGUUUUGGGGAGGGGGGGGAAAGGUGGGAGGCCAGCUAGCCCCAGUCUCAGCUCUGCCCUCCGAGAGGUUGGAGAGUGCCCGGUGAGGGGGCUCACUGGCAUUUAUGGCCCAUGAAGGAAGAAAGCAAGCUAGGAAGAAGAGGGGGCUCAUUUGGGUGAGCAGUGUGUGCCUCACCACUUUUCUGACUGGAGCAGUGGGGACUUCUUGCUCUAAUGGGCAAGGUCUGCCUUUGACUAGAAACACCCCUGGCCUAGGCACCGGUAGAAAGCUUGGAGGUUAUUCAUUGCCUAAUUCAAUUCAGGCCAGCUAGAUUCUGGUAACUUUUGGGUGACCCUGAUGAAGACAAAGCCGGGAUUCGGCCUUUGUAUGGGAGAGUCCCCCUCUGGCGAGCUGGAAUCCUGCCUGCUUGGGGUGUUCUGUCCAACUCAGAGGCUGUCCAGCCCACCCACCUUUGGAUGCCCUCAUGGAUAUGGGGAUUCAUCCCCGCCCCCCUUCCCGGGCCAGUGCGGGCUUUGGGGAGCUGCUUUCACGCAGGCUUGAGGAGGAAGAGCACUAGAGGUUAGCAAAGUCAGUGGCAGACAAAAACUGGAAUUACCUGCAGGGAAUGAGGGUGCUGAGGAUUAGAACCACAUUAACAUCUGGUGGGGGCCCUCAAAUGUGCACCUACGAGUCACUUGAUUACACGUAUGUUAUUUAGUUAAAUUUGUGAAAAUUAUGAGAUGCUCACCAACCCGGUGAUAAACUCGCUCCCUUGCUAUUGGCUGGGCUGGUCACAUGGCCGACCAACUUUAUUCAGUUGACAGCAAGUAGGAGGGCCCUAUGGAAGGAGAAAAAAAGACAACACGAGAAAAAUUAGUAUUUUCUACCUUCUGAAAUUAAUGGCCAUGAGUUCGUAUAUGGUGAACUCCAAGUAUGUGGACCCCAAGUUCCCUCCGUGCGAGGAAUAUUUGCAGGGUGGCUACCUAGGCGAGCAGGGCGCCGACUUCUACGGCGGCGGUGCGCAGGGUGCCGACUUCCAGCCCUCGGGGCUCUACCCACGGCCCGACUUCGGUGAGCAGCCCUUCGGAGGCGGCCCGGGGCCCGGCUCGGCGCUGCCCACGCGGGGUCACGGGCAAGAACCCAGCGGCCCUGGUGGCCACUACGGCGCCCCGGGAGAGCCCUGCCCGGCGCCCUCAGCCCCGCCCGCACCCCUGCCGGGCGCCCGGGCCUGCAGCCAGCCAGGCGGCCCCAAGCCUCCGGCCCCCGGGACAGCACUCAAGCAGCCCGCCGUGGUCUACCCAUGGAUGAAGAAGGUGCACGUGAAUUCUGUAAACCCCAACUAUACCGGCGGGGAGCCCAAGCGGUCCCGGACAGCCUACACCCGGCAGCAAGUCCUAGAACUGGAGAAGGAAUUUCAUUUUAACAGGUAUCUGACGAGGCGCCGGCGGAUUGAAAUCGCUCAUACCCUGUGUCUGUCUGAGCGCCAGAUCAAGAUCUGGUUCCAGAACCGGAGGAUGAAGUGGAAAAAAGACCAUAAGUUGCCCAACACGAAAGGCAGGUCCUCCUCCUCCUCUGCAUCGUCCUCCUCCUCCUCCUCCUGCACCUCCUCAGCUGCCCCUGGCCAGCAUUUGCAGCCUCUGGUCAAGGACCACCACACAGACCUGACGACCUUAUAGAAGUGGGGACCCUGGGCCCAUCCCUCCCUGUGCUCCCGGCUGAGCCGAAGCUGCGGGUGCAGGCCGGGCCUGCUGUCACCUCGCUGGGCUCUAAGGUACUGUGGGGUGGACCUGGGACAAGCAGGCCGCCCUCGGACUAGGUUAGCAUCCUGCCCGAGGGCAGCCCCCUCCCUGGACCAGGGAUGGGGGUGGGAGGGGGGUGGGAUGUUCUCUCUGAGUCUAUUAUCAAAUGGCAGGAGCUACUGAGAACAUAAAACCUUUGCGAGUCAUUAAACUCAUGAAAA